AUGAUUGAAGAGGAGAAUAAUAAAAAAAACUACAGUCCAAUUACACAAAGUUUAUAUUUGAAAUUAAAGAACCCUAUAAGCUUACAUGUAAAUGUUGAAAACUCUCCAACAUCAAGCGAAAAAAAAAGAAGAAUCAAUUAUAAUAGAAUAAGUUUCAGUAGUUUUUCAAAUACUACAUGUAGUGAUAUAUUAAAAUUAAAUAAAUAUUUAAAUAUAGAAAAUAACAUAUUGUUAUUAGCUUUAAAUAAUUACUCUUUUAAAUUUGGAUUAAUAAAUAAAUUAGAUUAUAAAAUACAAAGUUUAAGGUUACCUCACAUUGAAAUAAUCGAACCAUGGAAAGAAUUAGACUAUUUAUUUCCCCCAUAUAAAAAUUAUAAUAUUAUAGAAGAAUGUAUCUAUUACUCUUUUACAAAUGUAUAUAAAUUAGAUUUAAAAAAUAAAGAUAUAUUUAUACCUUUUUCUAGUAAAAAUAGUAUGAAUGAUUUCUCAAGUAUUGGAGAUAUUUUAUUUGAAUCUUUUGAGGUUAAAAGUAUUUGUUUUAAAGAGCCGUCUUUUGUUUCUUCCCUCAUUAUUUUAGAAGAACUUAAAAAUGAAAAAGAGAAAUUCUCAUUUUAUAAUGAAGAUAUCAAAGAAAAGGAAAAUAAUUAUCAUAACAAUAAUAUGAAGGAUAAUAACCAAAGUGAUCAAAAAGAUGAAAAGAAUAUACCAAAUAUAUACGAUAAUUCACAAAGGAAUUAUACAAUAAAUAAUAUAAAAUAUAAUAAAAAAAAUAAUGAAUACUCAAAUGAAUGUCUAAUACAUUUAAAAGAGUUGAAUCUUUUCAAUUUUACUGCUGUUAUUGUCAAUAUAGGAAGCACAAAAACGAGUUGCACCCCUAUAAUUAAUGGUAUACCCUUACUUGAUCUUACUGAAAUUUAUUAUAUAGGAGGAUAUGAUAUAGAUAAUCAAAUAUAUGAAGAAAUGAAAAAACAUGAAAAACAUCAAAAAGAAAUAUCUAUAGAUAUUGCAAAAAUUGCUAAAGAAAAACGUAUCUUUACGCCAAGAAAUAAAGAAGAAUGUGAAUAUUUAUCUAUGCUUUAUAAGAAAAAUCCUAAGAAUUAUUUUAUUAGUCCUUUUGAAUUAAAUGUUAAUAAAAUAUUUGAAUCAGCAGUUAAUUCUACUGAAAUAUUCUUCUCUCCAUAUGCUCUAGAUAACUAUGUUAAAACAGACAGUUAUAAAAAUUUACAUUCCUACGAUUUCAAUUUUAAUUUCUUAUUUGUAGGAAAUACAUUACCUACAGUUAUAUAUAACACUAUACAAAAUUGCCCAAUAGAUUAUAGAAAGGAAUUGCUAAGAAAUAUUUAUCUUACAGGAGGUUCGAGUAUUAUAAGAGGUUUUAGACAAAGAUUAGAAAAUGAACUCUAUCAAUUAAUAAACAAUGUCAAUUUUUAUAAUAAAGCUUGUAUUCAAGUUCAUCUAUUUAAAAGGAAAUUAUUACAGAAAUAUGCUAUAUAUUCAGGAUCUCAUUAUUUUCUAGAAAUUUUCAAUUAUGAUUAUUACAGUGUUACAAGGCAAGAUUAUCAAGAGGAAGGGGAACGCAUCUUAGAAAAAUUUAGUUUACAAGGCAAAUUAUUGUAUUAG